GUAUGUGACGUUUCCUAUUCCCAGCAGUGGGGCCACUUUCGUUUCAAACAGCUGAGUGCAGGAACACCGGAAGUGAGUGAGGGCUGCAGGAGCGGAAGUGGAAGGCUGCAAGUACAGCAUAUGAGUUGCAGGAAGAGGAGAAACUCUAGCAUCGAUUCUUCCUACUGUAGCUCCACUCUGCCCACUGGAGAUCCUCAUAGAGAAGUAUUGAGAGGCAGGACACCGUUAUGACCUCACAUUUGCUUUGAGCAGGGACACAAGUGAAUACAUGUGAAGCAAACUGGUCAAAUAUCAAGUCCUAAUGUAUAUGGCCCAAUCCAAAGUUACUGGCUCUGAUGAGUACUUGAUGCAAAAUCUUGAGCAAUGGUGCAUUGAGGAAAGUCCACAGAAUGAGUAAUGACGAUUCCUAUCAUUCACUGUGAUGUGGAGAAAAUAUUUGCAAUCUGAGCGAGGAUUUCUGCAUUGACACCAAAGAAGGAAUGAGCACAGAGACCAACCAUGAAGGAUCAGAGGAUAUGGACAUUUCUGAUACACAGUGGGGAUGGUUUUACUUAGCGGAAUGCGGCAAAUGGCACAUGUUUGAAACCACUUCUACAGCAAAUUGCUCUGUCAGUAGCCAAGACAUUGAACAAAGUUUUAAAGAAAACCCUAAUGGGUCUGUGCUGUUCACAACUACAAAAUUUAAUUAUAAACUUGACUUUGCAGAGAUGAACCAGACCAACCUAUGCACUGGGAAAAAAAGGCCAGUCAAAAGAGCUCCAUUUUCUAUCACUGCUUUCAGUUACAUCUGUGAUAAUGGAUCAAUUCCUCUUCCACCCCAUUGGGAGCAUGUGAACAAUGCAGAACCUUAUCAGCUAAUUCCAUUGGUCAAAGUUUCGAACGAGUAUAAGGAAGUUGCUGAUCUCUUCGGGAAUUCCAUGGAUAGUAGCCGGAUUAAAACCAUCCUGAGAAUACAGAAUUUAGAUUUGUGGGAAUUUUACUGCAGAAAGAAAGCCCAGCUAAAAAAAAAAAAAGGGGUGUCUCAUAUUAAUGAGGAAAUGCUGUUUCAUGGCACAGGGACUGAGUUUGUGGAGGCAAUUUGCAUACACAACUUUGAUUGGAGAGUAAAUGGGAUGCAUGGUACAGUAUAUGGAAAAGGAACGUAUUUUGCAAGGUAUGCAUCAUUAUCAAGUCAGUACUGCAGGAAUGGUGGAAAGCAUGGGAAUACUUUAAAGGCACACGGGAUGAACAUUCAGCAAAUUUCUUCUUGGGCAAAGAAAUCUAUGUUCCUUGCAAGGGUACUUGUAGGUGAUCAUGCCACUGGAGAUCCAAAAUACAUUCGACCUCCCUCAAGAGAUGGCAGCUUGAUCAAUCUGUAUGAUAGCUGUGUGGAUAACCCCUUCAGUCCUCUUAUUUAUGUGAUUUUUGACAGCAACCAGAUAUACCCAGAAUAUCUGAUACAGUUUGAUUGAACAACCAUAUUCUGGUUUCUAGAGACUAAAUGUUUUGUGCAACGUUAAAUGAACUAUUAAACAGUAGUAAAUACCAUCUGGAUAUCCAAGCGAAUUGGCACUUUUGUACUUGUUUUUGUUUUGUUUUUUUUCAAAUAGCAGCAGACUAUUAAACAGCAUUGUUGAUCUGUAGGCACAAGAAUAAGAUUACAAGCCUCCUAAGGUUUACACUCUGCUGGUGAUAUUGUGCUAUUUUUUUUUUUCUACUCAUUACUAAUACAACCUGGAGCUCAUAAUAGAAUGUUUCAUAAACUGGAUAACAGUGAAUAUAUGAACCUAAUGGAAAAAUCCUUAGUGUGUAAUAUGUAUCUGUUAUAUUGCAAAUGUCCUUUUCGUUCAGAUUAACUUUUUUUUCCCCCACUAGCUGAUGAAUUGGUUAUUUUGCUCACAUACAGAUCAUAACCAUGCUCUACACCAGUGUUU